CUUAUCUAUGCACGUUGACGGAAGAACUUUUUUGUAUCGCGAUUGCAUUGUGAUCUACUUAAAAUUAUAAAUACGUUAUUUGAUAUUUAUUCUUAAAGCUCUUUAUUAAACCCACUGAAAAUUUACUCUAAAAUGCGUGUAAUAUAUGAGACAAGAAUUGGUUAUUAACGAAACUUUCUCCCACUUAAUUCCUAGAAACAUUAUGAAAGAACAAACAAUAUCACUUCAUAACUUAGAACUAAAUGAUGACUAUAGGAGAGCUCUUUGUCCAACUGCAUAUCACUGUCUUGGCUACCAGGCGUGUAUAUUUACCUACAGCAGGGAUCUUUGUCAGGGUGAACCAUUACCUCUGCUACCUGAGUAUUUUGUUCUCAGUAUUGGCUGUUACAGGGAUGAUUUAUUUGAUGCACCAAAGAAAUUCCAAAAACACAAAGAUUUCGUCCUUUAUAUUGAAUAUACACCUAAUGGUAGAAUGCCUGAAAUGGGUUUUUCUAUAUCCAAUCUGACUUACGUAGAAUCAUCUGAAGAUACCGUCUUCAAUGGGAAGUGUCCACCACUAGGAGUUGCUAAAAAGGAAGGGUACUUUGGUAACUGUAUAGAAUACCUUCCACCUUUCAAUGUCAUAUCUUUGGAACUUUGGCCUGCAUUAGGAAAAUCACAGUCCGAGAUUUGUAGAUCUAAAAUUAUUCAAACUUUGUGUGCGCUGCAUUAUAAUAGUCAAGGUCUCUGUAUACCACCUGUUUAUAGAAAUAAAAAUUUGAAAGAGAACAAACUUUUCAAUUCUUUAGUGUUUCCACAGCACAAAAAUAGCUUUAACUUGGAAGAAUACAAAAAAUUUUUGGAUACGAAAAUUCCUGAAUUGGUACCAGCUCGCUUAGCGUUUGUAAUAAUGACUAAAAAGAAUAUAGAAGGAACGAUUUCUGUGUUGCAAUCUAUCUAUAGAGAUCAUUUUCUGUACGCAGUUCAUAUUGAUAAAGAAGAACAAUUGAGAGAGGAGUUAGAAAGUCAGAUAGAAAAAUCUUUCCCCACAAGGCACAACAUAAUUCUUGUUCCCACGGAAAGUUCUUUUUCCACUACUUUUGACUCCUAUGAAACUGUUAGAGCCAAAAUGGAGGCAUAUGAAAAUCUUUUGCAUCUUGGUAUAUGGGAUUUCGUUGUCACUUUAAACGAAGAUGACGUUCUACUCAGAAAUAUCGAUGAUUUAGCCAUAGCCUUAGCCCCCUAUCGAGGAUUGUCUUUUCUACCAGAUUUACACGCAGUUGAAAAACAAGCGAGCGUGCCUAUUGUUUCAUGUGAAGGUCUAAUUCACGAAUUUCCAUCUUUAUCAAACGCAUUUCGAACGAAAAGUAAUCUCAUAUUUUAUAAUUCUUCAGAUGAUGGCAUUCUAAGCAGAGAGUUUGUGGAAUAUUUGGUGGAUGAAAACAGACAUUCAAAAGAAGUCAAUGAGCAACAAUUUUUUCUGCAAACAUUACACUUUUCUUACAACGCCUACAUUCCUACUCUUAUGAUGAAUUCUCCCUUCAAAAAUACAGUUAAUCUUGCUCCUAUUCGUAUAACUAAAAAAAAGCUGAUUAAAAAUAUUACAAAUGAUUCUAGUCAAGUUGAUGAAGAUUCCAUUGCAUUCGAAGAAGAGAAAAUAAAAAUGGAAAAAGAAUAUUUCUUCGAAAAAGAUGCGACUUUGAUCAACAAAUUAUCACAUCGAUACUUUUUUGGUCAAAAAUUCAGCAGUAGUUUGAAAGAUGACGCACAAAAAUUUGCUAUUCAAUUGGCAAGUGGAGAAUAUUAUCAACAUUUAGAGAAAUUAUUACCUAUGCCUGUCAUUAGAUCCUUACUGGAGGAAACCUUGAAAAUUAUUUCGCAAGAAUUGAAAAUAAAUAGUGACAUAUCAAUAGAAAGCGUGAUGAAUAUCCAAAUCGUUCCUUCUCUGGUUCCUCAACAAGAAUUGUGUCAAUCUAAGUUGAUAUCCGCACAUUCAAACCUAAAUAUUGAUUAUACUUAUUGGAUUGACUUCUUAACUUAUUUUAGAACAGAUGGAAAACAACAGAAAACUCGAAUUAUGCUCGAACCAUCAAUGAACUCUAGACUCUGCUUUAAGAGUGAAAAUUUACGAAUGAUUUCUUUGUCAUCUUGGAAUAUUGAACAAAAUCAAGAUUCUUCUUCUAACUGGGCAAGUUUGCAAGAAAAUAUUCCGGUACCAUAUUUUUCGUCUAAUAUCAGAGGGAUUGUUAUAAAUUUCCUUGUAGCAGAUGAGGUGCAAUCCUUUAUCGAAAAAGGUAAUGUAGUUCACUUAAAAGGCAAAAGUGGUCCAAUUGAAGUAAAAAUUUCUUUACAAUCACCGACUAAAUCUACAAGAUGUUUUGAAUCCACAGAAAUCAUUUUGGCUGAGAAAUACGGUGCAUAUUCAUACAGAGAUGAAGCAAGCAAUAAGGAUCUUUUGGUAAAACUGCAUUCCAUCUUCAUUGCUUGCGACAACAUGGAAACAGGAUUUUGGAUAGCCAAAAUAAGUCAAACUCAUCCACGAAUUUCAAGAGAAUAUGUUUUGCAAUUCUAUGUACUGGAUUUGUCCGAUCACGCUAAUGUGGAUGCACUGUCAAAAGACAUUGGUUCUCUUUGGAGUUUGAAACAUUUUGCAUUUAUUACAAAAAGCGACUCGUAUAACUUUUACUCCGAUGAAGUCAGACAAAGUUCCAAUUUUAUUCGUCAGAGGGGUUCAACGAAAAAGAAAACUAUUUCCAGACAG